AUGGAUGCCGUUGAACAGCAUGACGCUUUUUUCAACUCCUUCAACCUGGUGAGAGGCCCCUGUCUAGGGAGUGGCGCCGUAGGAGAGGUUGUUCUGGCCUCGGCCAAACACAACUCGUCGUUGAAAGUAGCGGUGAAAAUCGUAACUUUUGAGACGGAGGGGUGUAAAGGCAACUUUCUCUCUGAAGUCGGCUUCCUUCGUGAUUUGCGCCACCCCCGCAUCCUCAAGAUGAUAGCGUUUGCUAUGGAUGAUCACCACGGCUUCAUGUUGUCGACAUACUUCAAGAACGGCACACUUCGCGACACCAUGUCGUCCGACCACCCUGUGGAAGAACUUCGGAUCCUCCGACACAUUCUCGACGUGGCCAGCGCUCUGCAGUACAUCCACGGUCUCCACAUCUUCCACCAAGACGUCAAGCCGCGAAACAUCCUCUUGGAUGACCAGGAUCGUGCUGUUCUGGCAGACUUCGGAAUCGCAAGACAGGCAAGCGACAGCUCCACGAUGGUGAUGAAGUGGAGGACUACACCCGGCUAUAGCGGACCCGAGACAAGGAAAAGGCGGCCUAUGAGUCCUUUCAAGAUGAACACCUUGUGGAAAGGUCCUGUCGUCUCAGGCUCAGGAGUUGGUUAA